AUGGAGAAAUACGAGAAGAUCAGCAAGAUCGGGGAAGGCUCCUACGGGGUCGUGUUCAAAUGCAGGAACAAGGACACGGGCCAGAUCGUGGCCAUCAAAAAGUUCUUGGAGUCCGAAGACGACCCCGUUAUUAAGAAAAUCGCUCUUCGGGAGAUCCGGAUGCUCAAGCAACUGAAGCACCCCAACUUGGUCAACCUUUUGGAGGUGUUCCGGAGGAAGCGGAAGCUGCACUUGGUCUUCGAGUACUGCGACCACACCGUCCUCCACGAACUGGACAAGAACCCGCGGGGGGUUCCAGAGCAUCUUGUCAAGAGCAUCAUUUGGCAGACGCUCCAAGCAGUGAACUUUUGCCAUAAACACAACUGCAUACACAGAGAUGUGAAGCCGGAGAACAUCCUGAUAACCAAGUACUUUGUCAUUAAACUCUGUGAUUUCGGAUUUGCCCGGAUCUUGACCGGGCCCAGUGACUAUUACACGGACUACGUGGCUACCAGAUGGUACCGUUCUCCAGAGCUCCUCGUGGGCGACACCCAGUAUGGCCCACCCGUGGACGUCUGGGCCAUUGGUUGCGUCUUUGCCGAGUUGCUGUCAGGCAUCCCGCUGUGGCCGGGGAAGUCCGACGUGGACCAGCUUUACCUGAUCAGAAGGACUUUGGGGGAUCUCAUUCCAAGGCACCAGCAAGUCUUCAGCACGAACCAGUUCUUCAGCGGGGUGAGGAUCCCAGACCCAGAAAGCAUGGAGCCUCUAGAAAUGAAGUUCCCAACCAUUUCCUACUCUGCCCUGGGACUCAUGAAGGGCUGCCUCCACAUGGACCCCGCCGAGCGCCUGACCUGCGAGCAGCUGCUGCAGCACUCUUACUUCGACAGCAUCCGAGACGUAGAACCCGGGAGGGAGCGUGAGAAAUCCAUGACCCGGAAGCCAGGCCGCCCGACUCGGAAGCACAUUGUUCUCUCUCGCUCUCUUCAGUUACAGUACCUUCCCCAGCUGACCAGCAGCAACAUUUUGCCCACUCUGGAUAACAAGAAGUAUUAUUGCGGCACGAAGAAGCAGAACUACCGGUUCCCUAAUAUCUAG